GUGCACCGAGAUGCAAUUACAUCAACAGGCUUUGGUUUAAACGCAGCAUCCCCUGUUUCAUUUGAACUCGUCCACCAAGACAUCUUAAAGAUAUGUUUUUUAUUUUAUUUUUCCCGGCGAGCUGGCGAGUCUCGGGAUGUUUUCCCUGCAUCUCCAAUCGUCCUGAUACACAGCUUGAGGGUUUCCCCAAACAGCUGCUGCGAGCUUAAAGCCAGCGACGCAGCUCUGGCUGGUCAGGCGGGGGCAUCGUCCAUGUGGGCGUCAUGCUGCGGGCUGCUGAACGAGGUGAUGGGCACGGGCACGGUGCGGGCGCAGCAGCCAGGCUUUGGAACAGGGGCGGGGCCCUUCCGCUUCGCCCCCAGCACCGGGUACUCCACCUACCCCCCCACCAGCUCGGGGAGCGCCGGACAGCUGUGCAAGGCUUGCGGACUGGCCUUCUCUGUCUUCAGGCGCAAGCACAUCUGCUGUGACUGUAAGAAGGGUUUCUGCGCCCUGUGCUCGGUGCUGCAGGAGAACCUGCGCUGCUGCACGACCUGCCACCUGCUGCACUGCACGGCCUUCCAGAGGCCUCGGCUCAUGCAGCUCCGAGUGAAAGAGCUGCGGCAGUACCUGCUGCUGCGCAACAUCUCCACCGACACGUGCAGAGAGAAAGAGGACCUGGUGGACCUGGUGCUGUGUCAUCAGAGCACCAGGGAAUCCCCGAGACCAGUGGCGCAGAGACCAGUGGCGCAGAGACCAGUGGCGGAGAGACCAGUGGCGGAGGAUGAGGAUGAGGACGAGGAUGAUGAGGAAGACGAAGAGGACACACAUGAGGAGGAGGAGGAGGAGGAAGAGGAUGAAGGGGGAGACGACACACACAGCCUUCACUCGCUCCCCCACUCGCGCGCCGCCUCACCCCCCUCAGCCACGCACUCCCCCUCCGACCAGUCGGCGCUCUCCGCCUCUCAGGGAGACGUGCUCAGCCCAAGUGACAGCUCGGGGACCAGCAGCCAGGAGCAGGAGGAUACUCCAACAGCGUCUCUCUUGAACCUGGAGCCCACGGAAAAUGUCAUGGAGGUCAGUCCGGCGACACAGAGGAGGAUCAGGGCCUCGCUGUCUGAUCUGGACAACGAAGAGGCGAUAGAAAACCUCUCCGUCCGCCAGCUGAAAGAGAUUCUCGCCAGGAACUUUGUCAAUUACUCCGGCUGCUGUGAGAAGUGGGAGCUGCUGGAGAGGGUGCAUCGACUGUAUCGAGAAAAUGAGCAGAACAGGAAAUCCAUGGUAGAUGUGAGCUUAACAGCAGUGGUUGCAUAUCCUCCACCUCCCUGCAAAAGUGGAGUUGGAGAUGGUGUCAAGGCUCAGCUGGCGGCUGAUGACAACUUGUGUCGCAUCUGCAUGGACGCCAUCAUCGACUGCGUGCUGCUGGAAUGUGGUCACAUGGUAACCUGCACCAAAUGUGGAAAGAGGAUGAGCGAGUGCCCCAUCUGCAGGCAGUACGUCGUGCGGGCCGUGCACGUCUUCAAGUCUUAAAACUGAGCUCGUCAGAGCGGACCUCAGGCGCACUCGUGGCCCGAACCCUGAAUUUAUCACUGAGGACGAGCUACUGUGCAUGAAGUCUCGCAGGGCAUAACACUGCAGCAGGUCCGAGGUUCUUCCCGGUCUUUGAACCCGGACCGUGGCCUCUGGACUCCCAUGGUCUGUCCCCCUCUCCUUUACUAACUCAUGCUCCAGCCUCACUUCUCCUCCUCCCCUGGUUGACCGUCGUCAGCUGCACCGAGACACUCACUCUCUUCCUCUCUGGUCUGUUCAACACAGCAGAAACACAUGCCAUCCCUUUCUGAUCUCAUCCUCUGUUCAGCUUGUGCUCACAGGAGAGGAGGGGAGGCGGUCCCAUGGAUACUUGAAGAGGAUCGGGUUGUUCUGUUGAUCCCAGGGUUAGAGUCAAUAUGGUUUACACAGUCACGCCACACGACGCCAGUGUCAUCUCCCUCAGUGUUCGUUUAGGAUGUGCAAUAUUUAAAAGAAGAGACUUACACGUGUUUUUAUUAAAUGUCCAUUUGUUAAUCCGAACACCGCAAGCACCGGGUCAUCUCGUCUCGCACACAGGAGGGUGCAAGGUGCCAAACGUCCUGCCUUUUGAACGAUAUUUGGUGCAGAUAUUCAUCUCAUAGCCAGCAAGCUCGGUGUGAUAGUUUACUUUUUUUCUCAAAUGGACUUUAGGAAAUAAGUGUGAAAUUUUGGACCACUUGCUGUGUGAAGGACGUGAUUGUUUACUCAUCGAAAAAUUCAGUGCACGGAUGUGAUUUCUGCCGAAGACACGAACAGUAAGGAAUGCUGAGCUAUGAGCAGUUUGAGGGGACAAAAUAUAGAACAUCUGAACUCAAGGCCCACUAACUAGCUUUUUCCUGGACUUUUAAUACAGGCUUUCAUCAGUAGAUGAGGUUGUCACGGAGAUGAGUCAGCCUCCGUGACUUAAGGUGGUCGCAUAUGACCGGGAGAUCAUUUAACCCUUGUGUUGCCUUAGGGUCAUUUCAAGAUUCAAGAUUCAAGAUGUUUUAUUUGUCACAUACACACACAGGGUGUGCAGUGAAAUGAAAGUGGCAAUGCUCA